CGCGAAGUCCAAGUCUCCGGGAUCGCCUCUCAUCUCGAAGUUCCCAAGAUGAACUUCGGUCCGGUGCUCGGGAAACUUUCUGUGUUGGUGGUGGCAGCGCUCCUCACUGGGCUCGUGUGUCACGCAGCAGAUCCUCCAGCGUCUCAGUGGUCCAGCGACGAGUACAGAAACCUCACCCUACGACGACACAGAACGUGUGUGGAGAACCAUCAGUACCUCCACCAGGGACUCUGCUGCCUCAACUGCCAUGCUGGAACCUUUGUGCAACAGGCCUGUGAGAGAGACCAAGAGCAAGGGACCUGUCUUCCCUGUGAGCAUGGACAGACUUACACAGAGCACUCCAACGGGAUGAACCGCUGUCUGCCAUGUACCAACUGCCGCUCAGAUGAGAUUGAAACUACAUCCUGCACCACGACUACAGACACUAAGUGCCAGUGCAAACCAGGGACCUUCUGUGUGCCGGAUCAGGCCUGUGAAGUCUGCAAACGUUGUGCCAAGUGUAAACCGGGGGAGGAGGAGGUGAGGAAGUGCACUCCCUUUUCUAACACGGUGUGUCGAAAACGGGAUCCGUCCCCUACUGAAACCUCCCUGAAAUCCGCCCCCACACCGACACCUUCCUCUUCAGUGGACAUUGCUAUUCCUAUAUGUAUUUUUCUGGCCAUCAUCAUCGUCAUUUCUCUCGUUGCACUGGCUGUGUGGUGGUUCCUGUUUAAGCAGCGUUCAUGUGAAAUACCAUGUUCAAAGAGCCAUUGUGAUUCCAGUGAAAUUGUGAAGAUUCCUAUUGAUGAGAGUGGAGCCACGGCGGAGGAGAGACAGAAUAACCAGAAUGCAGGUCUGGAGGGCGAGGAGUCCCGUCCGGAGUCACGGCCGCUGCUGCAGGAGACCCAGGCUGGGAUAACCAAGUCUCCUCCCCUCGAGGAUGAGGACCGAGGACUAGGGGACAGUUUGCCCAACACCACUAGCUCGUCUCAGACCAGCCUGUCGGCCCUGCCCACAGCAGCUUCCUCUGGUAACACCCCACACCAGAGCCCCAGCGCCUUCAGACUGCCGCCUGCAGACGUGGAUGAUCCUCUAAGACAUCGACUGGUGCCACUACAAGGGUCCGAAAAAUCCCUGAAGAAGAGCUUUGAUUUGUUCGACGAGUACCUGGACGUGCGGAUCCAUAACAAGUUCUUCAGGUUGAUUGGAGUCAGCGACAAUCACAUCCGGAUCGCAGAAAACGGCACCCCCGGUGACAAAGUUUAUGAACUGCUGAAGAGCUGGAUGCAGAGGCGGGGACUAAAAGCCGACAUCAACGACCUGUUGGACGCUUUGCUCAGUAUGGACCAGCGGCGCUCGGCCGAGAGCAUCGCCUCCUUAGCCCUGCAGAAAGGCUACUACAAGCACGCAGACACGCCCUGAAAGCUGAAGGAACAGGGGCCGCAGGUGAAGAAAAUGCAGCACGAGAAAAACUUAAAAAAGCACAUAGACGCAGUCAGUGGACACUGUGUCUCACGAACAGGCUUACCUCUUUGUGGCUGACCGGCCAUGUAUUCAAAAAGCCAGUAGUUUAAAAAAAAAAAAAGAAAAAGAAAAAGACAAAAAGGGGAAGGUCAAGUCGUAUUGAUCAGUGCUCUGAGGAUGUUGACUAUCUGCCAAAUACUGAGGUGUAAUAAUGAACACGAAGAAGAGAAGUUUUGUGGUCAAAUUCAACAGCGUUACCACCAAAGACGACCAUUAAAAAGUGUGUUUUGUUUGUUUUGG